AUGGCAAACCUUCUUUCUAGUUGGUCUUCCGACCUGGAUUCCUUGCCGGAAAAAUACAUUGUACCUGAAGAGAAAAGGCCAGGAGCAUUACUUGCUCCAGUAAGCAAGGACAUACCAGCGAUUGAUCUCAGUGAGGGAGAUCGAGCCAGUAUAAUUCAGAAAAUAAUGAUAGCUAGUCAAGAGUUUGGCUUUUUUCAGGUGAUCAACCAUGGAGUGUCGGAAAAGUUGAUGAUUGAUGCUGUGAAUGUGGGAAAAGAAUUCUUUUCCAUGCCUGCUGAGGAAAUGGAGAAUUUUGCUGCUAAGGAUCCACGAAAGGGAUGCAAAGUUUACACAGGUUCUGGAAAUUAUGGAUCUGAUGAUUUCGGAUUGUGGAGGGAUACUCUGCAACACCCUUGCCAUCCACUUGAGAAAUGGACUAAUAUCUUUCCUGAUAAGCCAGCAGGAUACCGGGGGACCAUAGGUCCAUAUACAGUUGAGGUGAGAAAGCUGGGUAUCAGAAUUCUGGAUAUGAUCUAUGAAGGACUAGGAUUGACCGAGGAAAAUUAUGACUACCAUGAUUUGCUCCUGAUGAUUCACAACUACCCGGCAUGUCCAGAUCCUAGCUCAGCCUUGGGAGUUUCUGGACACCGUGAUGCUAACCUCAUAACCAUAAUUCAGCAGGAUAUUUAUGGUCUGCAACUAUUUAAGGAUGGCCAAUGGAUUGGUGUGGAACCUCUUCCAAAUGCUUUUGGCAUCCCUAUAAGUUUUUCAAUGGAGGUAAUUAGCAAUGGAAAGCUAAGAAGCGCAGUGCAUCGAGUGGUUACAAAUUCAGCUUGUUUUAGGACAUCACUUGUAAACUUUUUCAAUAGCCCAUCUGAUAGGUUGAUUGAACCUGUAAAGUCACUUGUUAGUCCAAGCAAUCCCCCAGCAUUCAGAGCAUUCCAUAUGAAGGAGUAUCUUGAGGUCCUUUUCGGCAACAACUCAGACAGCGAAGUGACAGCUGAAUACUUCAAAAUCAAAAGCCAAGCCAGCAAAUGA